UUUACCACUGUCACCCCACACCCACCCCUCCUGACACCUCCACCGCGUUCCCAAUUUCUUCUCUAUAAUCCCUUUACACGGACGCCACUUUUUCACUAUAUUUUCCUCAAGCAAUCUCUCUAUUUUUCCACCAUUUAUUUGAACCAACAAAACCACCCCCCAACAAGCAAAUAAUUUCAAGAAGCAAGUUGUUGUUUCAGUUCUUCCAUCUCUCUAAACAAUGUUGGUAACUCGAACCAAAUCAAAGAUUUGGGUUCACAACAAUAACUACAACAACUGCUCCCCUUGUCCUUCUUUCAAAGAUAUUCAUACCCUUUUAUCCGACGAUUCUAAACCCAACAGCAAAAAACCCAAUAUCUUCCAUCGCGUUCGACGUGUUACCGCCAUCCUCCGCGUUCUCACAACCCGACCCGGACCCGGACCCGAUUUGCCAUUGAAAGCACUCCCCCAACCCGAAUCAAAUCCGAACCGGAAAUCUGACCCGUUGAUUCAAAUCCCAGGAGCUGACAAAAAAAUCGUGAUCUACUUCACUAGCUUAAGGGUGAUCCGUUCUACAUUCGACGACUGCAAAGCCGUUCGAUCAAUUCUCCGUAGCUUCCGCGUUUCCAUGGACGAACGUGAUGUGUCUAUGGACACUGGAUUUAUGGAAGAGCUGAAAAUGAUAUUAGGUGAAAAGACGAAACUAUCCUUGCCUAGAGUUUUCAUUGGCGGAAGGUACAUUGGUGGUGCCGAUGAGAUUCGUCAGCUACAUGAAUCCGGCGAGCUGAAGAAGUACGUUGAAGGGCUAAUUCCGGCGGAUUUCAGCACGUGCCAAGUGUGUGGCGGCCAUAGAUUUAUCCUCUGCGACGAAUGCAGUGGAAGUCACAAGUGUUAUAGCGAGAAAGGAGGAUUCAGAACUUGUCUUGCUUGUAAUGAGAAUGGUUUAAUCAGGUGCCCUUCUUGUUACUAUGCCCCAAUUACGCUACGCUGAUUAGAUUAGUAGCUCUAUUAUAACUACAUGUUUAGGCUAGUCAGAAAAGUAUAAGCUGAAAAUGAAGGCGAAAACUUUAUAACACUUCAUUUUUCUUCUCUUUAGCAGUUUUUUGUAUGAUUUAUCUCUCUUUUCUUUUCCCCCCCUUUUUGUUGGGGCAUUGGUGUGUUUAUAUUAAGGCAGUUUGAUUAGAUGCAAAAUGCAGUCAUGAAAAUGCUUGUUCUUUGUCGAGUGUUUUCAUCUGACACAGUUCUAUAAGGUACUGAGUGAAAUGUUACUGAAAUGUAGGACAAUAACAUGAUAUUAGCUGUUUA